UGCAGCGAGCGUCAGGAGUCCGCCCAGGAACUCGGCACAGCGCCUCCUUCAGCUCUCCCGCCAGAGCCACGCAGGGCACCGCCUCCGCCCGCCGGCGUCCCGCCCGCCGCCGAGAUGCUCGCCCGCGCCCUGCUGCUCUGCGUCGCCCUGGCGCUCGGCCAGGCAGCAAAUCCUUGCUGUUCCAACCCCUGUCAAAACCGAGGUGUAUGUAUGAGUGUAGGAUUUGACCAGUAUAAAUGUGACUGUACCCGAACAGGCUUCUAUGGUGAAAACUGUUCAACACCUGAAUUUCUGACAAGAAUAAAAUUAUUUCUGAAACCCACUCCAAACACAGUGCACUACAUACUUACCCACUUCAAGGGAAUCUGGAACAUUGUCAAUAACUUUCCCUUCCUGCGAAAUGCAGUUAUGAAAUAUGUGUUAGUGUCCAGAUCACAUCUGAUUGAGAGCCCGCCAACUUAUAACGUGCACUAUGGCUAUAAAAGCUGGGAAGCCUUCUCUAACCUCUCCUAUUACACCAGAGCUCUUCCUCCUGUGGCUGACGGCUGCCCAACUCCCAUGGGUGUGAAAGGGAACAAAGAGCUUCCUGAUUCGAAAGAGAUUGUGGAAAAAUUUCUCCUAAGAAGAAAGUUCAUCCCUGACCCCCAGGGCACAAACAUGAUGUUUGCGUUCUUUGCCCAGCACUUCACUCAUCAGUUCUUCAAGACAGAUCCUAAGCGAGGACCAGCUUUCACCAAAGGCCUAGGUCAUGGGGUGGAUUUAAAUCAUAUUUAUGGUGAAACUUUGGAUAGACAGCAUAAACUGCGCCUUUUCAAGGAUGGAAAAAUGAAAUAUCAGAUAAUUAAUGGAGAGGUGUAUCCGCCCACAGUCAAAGAUACUCAGGUGGAGAUGAUCUACCCGCCUCAUGUCCCUGAACACCUGCGGUUUGCUGUGGGGCAGGAGGUCUUUGGUCUGGUGCCUGGCCUGAUGAUGUAUGCCACAAUUUGGCUUCGGGAACAUAACAGAGUAUGCGAUGUGCUUAAACAGGAGCAUCCAGAGUGGGAUGAUGAGCGGUUGUUCCAGACGAGCAGGCUCAUACUGAUAGGAGAAACUAUUAAGAUUGUGAUUGAAGACUAUGUACAGCACUUGAGUGGCUACCACUUCAAACUGAAGUUUGACCCGGAGCUGCUUUUCAACCAACAAUUCCAGUACCAGAACCGCAUUGCUGCUGAGUUUAACACACUCUAUCACUGGCAUCCUCUUCUGCCUGACACCUUUCAAAUUGAUGACCAGGAGUACAACUUUCAACAGUUUCUCUACAACAACUCCCUCUUACUAGAACAUGGACUUACCCAGUUUGUGGAAUCAUUCAGCAGGCAAAUUGCUGGCAGGGUUGCUGGUGGUAGGAAUGUUCCAGCUGCAGCACAAAAAAUAGCAAAGGCCUCAAUCGACCACAGCAGAGAGAUGAAAUACCAGUCUCUUAAUGAGUACCGCAAACGCUUUCGGCUGACGCCCUAUAAAUCAUUUGAAGAACUUACAGGAGAGAAAGAAAUGGCUGCGGAGUUGGAAGCACUCUACGGUGACAUCGAUGCCAUGGAGCUGUAUCCUGCUCUUCUGGUAGAAAAGCCUCGUCCAGAUGCCAUCUUUGGGGAGACCAUGGUAGAACUGGGAGCACCAUUUUCCUUGAAAGGACUUAUGGGUAAUCCUAUAUGUUCCCCUGACUACUGGAAGCCUAGCACUUUUGGUGGGGAAGUAGGUUUUAAGAUCAUCAACACUGCCUCAAUUCAGUCUCUCAUCUGCAAUAACGUGAAAGGCUGUCCUUUCACUGCGUUCAGUGUUCAAGAUCCGCAGCUCACCAAGACAGCCACCAUUAACGCAAGCUCUUCCCACUCUGGACUGGAGGAUGUGAAUCCCACAGUAUUACUAAAAGAACGCUCAACCGAACUCUAGAAACCUAGUGAUCGUAUUUAUUUAUUUAUAUGAACUGUUUCUUUUAACUUAUUUAAUAUUUAUAUUAAACUCCUUAUGUUACUUAACAUCUUCUGUUACGGAGAAAGGAGUCAUACUUGUGAAGAUUUUUGUGUCUCUUUUAGAGAUGUCAUUUCUUCAAGUUAAGAGGAAAACGGUUUUCAUUCUUUUUUAUAAACCAAUGGGAAAUGAGUUUGAUAUCUUUUUACUUGAAUUUCAAGUUACGUUGUUAUAAUAAGAACAAAAGCAAAGAUGUUGGAACAUUGAAAUGCUGUUACGAGAUGGCAAAAUGCUGCAAGUUUCUUUCGACAUUAUCCAUACUUCUAAAUGUAUCUUCCAUGAUGCAUUAGAAGCAACUACCUGCACGCUAUUCCUUUUAUUUUCUUCUUUUAGCCAUUUUGCUAAGAGAAACUCUCCUGAUCAGUUUACUUUUUCUAUUUUGUUUUCUUGGUUUUAAGAUCUGAGUUUGUCUUUCUUUGGACUCUGUCUGUAUUUUCUUAUCUGAACUUUUGCAAAUUUUCAGGAAAACCUCAGCUCAGGACUACUAUUUAACUCCUCUUAAGAGGAAUAAAAGGAAAAAGAAAAGCCCAUAAAAAGGCCUUUACAAAAAGAUAUACACUCAUUUUAAGUGAAAAGCAGAGAAAUUUAUUUGUAAUUAAUUUUAACAGUGUGUAACAGAAGAAGUCUACGAAGAGGCUAAUGCCUUGGAAAGAACUGUAGGGGGAUCUUGACGGGAAGAAAGUUAUCUUCCUGUUCUAAUGAAUGUUCUUUCUCAUUUAAAAACAAGACCAAACAACUCUUGAAUAGUCCCCAGGAAGAUAAUGCUUCUUCUUUUCCACAUCUCAUUAUCAACUGACAUUUUCUGGUACUGUAUAUUACUUAAUUUAAUUUAUUGAGUAGUAUUAUUUAUGUUUCUUUAGGACAUUAUUGUUAUAAACUGGUUGCAGCUUGCAAUCAUUGAUUUUUUUUCAUUGUGUCAGAAUCAGUAUAUCUUCUUUAGAAUUACCUCUCUGAAUUAUUAUAUAAACUACAAGAAAAAUGAUUAGAUUAAGAUUUGUAAAGAAAUUUUCAGGAACCCAACUCUGGUAUAUUGAGACAUAUACAAGGUUGGAAUUUAUGUCUUUAUGGUUUGCCUAUCCACCAGCCCACAGAGAACAUUGCCUCUCCUUAACCCAGAUGUACCAUAGGACUGAUAUUUUAUACAUUUGUGAAAGAUCUGUGGAUGCUUCAUUAAUUCAUUCAACCAUAACUUACUGAAGAGACAUUCUGUGCAAAGCACUGUGGGUUUUAAUAUUUUUAAAUCAAGCACUGAUUACGGAUAACAUCAAUAUUCUUGUAAAUAAUUGAAAAAGCAUGUCUCAGGCAGAGGGAGAAAAUGAAAUUUUAUUAAAGAGAAAUAACUCAGGGGAAUUUUUCUUUAGGAUUUUAUGUUUAAAAAGUUUAUGGUUAAGAAAGAAAUAGUCAAUAUUAGAAGGACUUGUAUAAAAAAUUGUUCACUUCACUGAUUUUAAAAAGACAAAACUGAUUUGUUAUUAACAUCAACCUGCUGACUAAACCUAGGAAUUUGAAAUGUAUAUGUGAAUGUUUUGGUGCCUCAGAUAAAUGUAUAUUUAAAUUAACUUAUGUAAAAUAUAAAUGUUGAAACAAACGUCUGUUUAUUUUUAUACUAUUUAAGAAUCGAAAAAUCUCUUCUAAAAUAAAUUUUGACUGUUUCAGUA